UACAUGGUUCCAUAUGGAAGAACCCUCUGUAUAUAAAACGCCUCUUCACUCCGCUCUCUUCAUGUCUCAUUCAUCCAUCUAACCACAAAACAUCAUCAUCAUAAUCAUCUUCCUCUCUUAAUAACAAUACCACAUAACACACAUUUGAAUAUUCACUCAAGACAUUAGCUUUCUCAAAUUACCAGGAAAGGCAGGGAAUAGUAUUUGAGAGGUAUUUGAGAUGAUGGCUUGUGGCUUAAGCAAGAGCCUUGGCUUCUCUUCCUCCUUGAAGAAGCAGCAAGGCAUAGUGACCAUCCUUGGCGACAUUUCGUCGAACAACUCAUCUGCACCUUCGCUCAGGCGGACUUUCUCUGCUGACUUGUCCUCCAAGAAUUGGGUCUCGCAGAACGGGUUUUCUCCGAUGAAGAGGAUCUCUUCCUCGGAGAAGCUCCAUGCCCUUGUUGCUGCUGACGAGGAGGAAGGAUCAAGAUCCGGGUCGGAUAUCUGGGCUCAGAUUCAAGAAGACAAGAAUAAGACAAAGGAGGAGAUGGAGCCGGACCGAACCGAUGUCUGGAGUUCGAUUUUAUCCGACAAGAAAAAGAAGACGGAGACGGUUCCUCCACCGUACGUUCAUCCUCUGAUGAAACGCGCCAGCUCCUUGAGCGAGAAAAGCCUCGGGAUCUGCACUGAGAGCCUCGGAUCCGAGACGGGUUGCGAAGGAUUCGCUUCCUACUCUGCAGAUGCUGCUGAGAUCGACAAGGAGGAGGAAGAGGAGGCGAGUCUCGUUCUCAACGAUACAGUAGUGACCAAGGAGGAAGAAGAAGAAGAAGCUAUCACUGUUCCUAAUCACACAACCUGCAUCGAGAUUCCACGAGGUUCGUUCCCACCUCCGAUUCGUUCCCUCUCGAGCCAAUCGGGUUCGGCUCUGCACAUGAAAACUCGCCGCGACAAUGGCCGACUGGUUCUCGAGGCUGUCUCCAUGCCGUCGCACAACAACUUCUCCGCCAAGCGCCAAGAUGGACGCCUCCUCCUCGCUUUUGCGGAGAUCAGCGACCAACCCGAUUGCGAAAUUGACAUCGUUAGCGACGAAGAAGACGAAACUGAUGAGCUUCAGUGGUCCGACGAUGAUGAAGAAGAAGAAGAGGUGGCACAAGACGAGUUUGCUUACAAGCCCAAUGAGCUUAUGUAUAAGCUGGCACCAAAGCCCAUUGGGCCUGUCGCUGUUCAUAGGUUGGCCCAUAAGCCUAUUGGUGUACCGAAAACGAACUCGAGAUGGCCUGAACUCGAAACCAAAACGGAUCUGUCCAUGCCGGUAGUACACUCUCUGCCACCAAGGCCAAGGGUGGCUCAGCUCGCUCGGUCAGUGAAACCGCCGUCCACGGUGGACGACACUGUAGGAGCUGCUUGCUUCAACACAUGUGACUACUCUUGGAAGCCCACUAACACUGAAAUUUUGGGCCGCAACACAAAAACCCAGUUUCAAGCCCAAAACUAUGUCAACAAAUCAAUCGGUGUUGGAAAUGACGGUUGGAUAAAUGGUUGCAAGGAACGUAGGAGGUCUCUGUUGUCCGUGGAGCCUUUCUGCAUUGCCACUUCAUAAAUUUAAGACCCUUCCAGAGAGUAAUUUACAAGAAGCAUAUGAUAUAUAUAUCUAUUAUGUAUAUAUAUGCGAGUAUGUAUACUCGAAUAUAUAUGCAUAUUAACCAAAUAAUUGUCGUUGGUGAGUGAAGAGUGAUGAUGAGAAAGUAAAUUUAUUGUUUCAGAAUGAGGUUAGAGGCCUUGUUGGAGAAAGAAAUAUUUUAUGAAGAGUGUUAUGUUUUGUACAAAA